UACCUUCCCCAAAAACUAGUCUUCAAAUUUGGGGGCUUCUUGUUCAAAUUUUUCCACAUUUCUCCCCUUUUUCCCUUGUCUUAUUUCUUGCCUUCUUAUCGUGAUGUGUUGCACGAACUAUUUUCGAUCUCUCUCGCUGGCAUGUACAUAUAGGACACUACUUUGUGGAGGCUUGCUUCUUUGUUGAGCCCCUUCAUUUCAAGCGAGAGUUGCCCCUUUAGCACCGAACAUUUCAUAUAAGCCCCAUCUUCUUCUCUUUUGUCUUCUGUUUCAUCGUUUCUUGGAGUCGGUAAUAUCUGCGAAGCUUACACAUUCUGUUUCCAGUUUCUUCCCCUCUUGUGUCAAGUCAACUCUUUUUCCUUUUCUUUUUCUUUCUUCUCUAAACCAGUUACUUGAGUUGAUUCAAAAUCCUUCACCUAAACUCUCUCUCUCUCUCUCUCUCUCUCUCUCUCUCUCUCUGGUAUGAGAAGAAGAAAUGGAUGAACGCGCACGCAAGAAAGCAAAGAAGUCAUCAACUUCAAGCACCGACUCGGAAGAAGUGAGUAGCAUCGAAUGGGAUGUCAUCACACUGACGGAGCAAGAAGAAGAUCUCAUUUACAGAAUGUACAGACUAGUCGGAGACAGGUGGGAUUUGAUAGCGGGUCGGGUCCUGGGUCGCAAAGCGGAAGAAAUAGAGAGGUUUUGGAUCAUGAGGCAUGAAGAGGCGUAUGCGGAGAAAAGGAACGACUUCAACUCCAAGACUUGAAGAUUUUACUUCAGGAGCUACUCUUCUUUUGAAUGUUCACAACAACAGGUGGUUCGAUCCCCCCGGUCCUGAUGAACGAACAUGAUGCUGACUUGCUGAGUCGACAAGAGCCAUUUCGAAAUUCCCAAUUGUCGUUUUCAGUACAGAAAGUAUGUCGUAUCGUCAGUAGUCGGUCCAACAGUGCAUGCCCAUUCUAACUCUCUGUAAAAGGGCCGAGGAGUCGUCUACUUUCCUUUUUCUAUCCAUUAGAUUUUGGAUCGGUGCAUGCACGUCGUUGUCAAAAUCCGGGUGACCCCAUUUUCUAAGAGAAACGUGACUCGAUAUCUAGAGGCCAGGAUUGUGAGAUGCUUCAUGUUCUGCUGCCGUGUUUUAAUGCUCAUGUCCAUCCGUUCUUUAAAUACUUCUUUCAACAUCUUUUUCUGCGUAUUACCUGUCAAGUUUGGAUUUCUGUUUAAGUCACUGAUUAGUUCUUGUCGUACGAACAAAUCAGAAAUGAUUCAACAUCUUUUUCUCCUGUAGUUCUU